CAAAACCACAGAGAAGAUGGAGGUUUUGCCAGAGAAAGGCCCUACAAAUGCAAUAUAACUGGAACAUCAAAUGCAGGAAGCAACUGGGACACAAUGGGGGCCUUCCUAGACGCCAGCAAAGCCACAGAGAAGAUGGAGCUUCUGGCAGAGAAAGGCCCUAUAAAUGCAAUGUAUGUGGGCAGUGUUUUACCCAAAAUAUGGGACUUAUACUUCACAAGACACUCAGUGCUGGGAAAAGCCAUUGUAAAUGGAAAGUAUCAGCAAAAUGUGUUGCUGAUUACAAACUGCCAGAUCUGAGACAACAAGAAAUCUUUGAAGGAACUGAGAAUUUCAUAAGCCAGAAGUGUGGGAAAUUAGUGAGCCACAGAAGACUCCACACAGGAGAGAAGCCAUACCAAUGCAAGGAGUGUGGGAAAUGGUUUGCUUACAGUUCAGCCUUGGUGAGCCACAUAAGAUUGCACACAGGAGAGAAGCCGUACCAAUGCCAGGAGUGUGGGAAGUGUUUUGGUCGCAGUUCACACUUGGUGAGGCACAAAAGACUCCACACAGGAGAGAAGCCAUACCAAUGCAAGGAGUGUGGGAAAUGUUUUGCUGACAGUUCAGCCUUGGUGAAGCACAAAAGACUCCACACUGGAGAGAAGCCAUACCAAUGCCAGGAGUGUGGGAAAUGUUUUGUUUCCAGAUCAGCCAUGGUGAGCCACAAAAAAUGCCACACAGGGGAGAAGCCAUACCAAUGCCAGGAGUGUGGGAAAUGUUUUGCUUGGAGUUCAAACUUGUUAAAACACAAAAGACUUCACACUGGAGAGAAGCCAUACCAGUGCCUGGAAUGUGGGAAAUGUUUUGCCCGCAGUUCCUAUUUGUUGAGACACCAGAAACACCGGAGCAUCCAUACAGUAAAGAAACCAUACAAAUGCCAGGAUUAUGGACAAUGUUUUCCUAAGAAUUCAUCUCUUGUAAGCCACCAGAGAACUCAUACAGGAGAAAAACCAUACAGAUGCCCAGAUUGUGGGAAAUGUUUUGGUUACAGCUCAGCCUUUGUGAACCACAAAAGACUCCACACAGGAGAGAAGCCAUUCCAAUGCCAGGAGUGUGGGAAAUGUUUUGUUCGGAGUUCAGCUCUUGUGAGCCACAAGAGAGUUCACACAGGAGAAAAGCCACACAGAUGCAUGGAUUGUGGGAAAUGUUUUACGCACAUUUCAUCCUUUAGGAAGCACCACCUAAUUCACAAAAGUUAAAAAACAAACAAAUGCCAGGCAUGUGGGAAGUGUUUUUAUUGGGAUUUGUACUGUUUGAGCCAUCAGAGACUAAAGACAGGAGAGAAAUCAUUCAAAGAGCUGGGACAAAACUAAUAAAAUGUGUUGCAAAAGGGAAA